AUGGAACUGCGUGGCUCACUCCUGACGAAGCUUGGUGACGGCAUCGAUCUUCGAAAAUGCUAUUUCAUCUCGACGCAGUCUGCGGUGGACUCAGCUUGCAAAGCUAUGGCGCCCUACAUCUUGUGCGAUUCUCCGGGGCAAAGCAUGGAGCAAGUUGCCAGCCGACUGCAGGAAGCGAAGAUGGAGCACUGCAAAAUUUUAUCGGAUGACGACCUCGUGCCGGCCGUUUCCACUUUGCGCCUGUGCAACAUCUCUCCUCGCCAGGGCGUCCGCCAGCUGAAGGGCAUGACCAGGAGGAACAUUUGGCCGACGGACAGCUUCCUGGACUCGAGGCCGGUUCUGAGCACCACGAGCCAAGCAAACGAAGACGACAUUGGGGAUGAAGAGACCUGGCAGUCUUUUGGGAGCUUGUUCGGAGCCAUGUCUGUUCAGCAGCGUGACGCCAUGCGCGACCGGCAUGCAGCUCCUCCAAGAUGCUGCUGGAAGAUGGCCUGGGGCUUCGCUUCGUGCUGCGGGUUCCGACCCAGGCGAGCGGCUGGCUUUCCGCGAGCCAUUCAGAUUUGGCAGAGCUACAUGAGCAGGACACCUCUCGCUUGGCGAAACCAGCGCCUGCGCACUGGAAGCUUCAUGUUUCCACAGGAUGGACUGGUGGAGAAGGUGCUCCGCGACAGAGUUGAAGAGAUGGUAUAG